AUGUUCAAGUUGAAGAUCUUUUUGUUCUUGUUCACCUUGCUCGUUGGCUUUGUUGCAGCUGCAAGCAAUCGUAAUAAAGAAUUGCAAGAAAGCGAAAAGAAACAAAUUACCUCUACCCGACAAGCAAAGGAAGCAUGGGACAAGACUGCGAGCACAGCUCCUGGAUACGGACAAGCCGAACAAGCUAGUACAGCUCAUCAUUACACUCAACAUGCAUAUCGUGCAGCUGACGAAAAUAUUGCUGCUCAACGUCAAAAUGUACGUGAUCAAUUUGCAAAGCAUUGGCAAGAACGCAGUAGUAAAGGCCAUUAG